AUGGAUUUGCCAACAGCAACAACACUCCCCAAGUUAGCGAGUUUGACAUUUAAUUGCUGCAACAGAUGCAGAGAACUCCUUCCCCUGCAAAACUUUACGUCUCUUAAAGAGCUAGUGAUUACAAAUUGCGGUGGGUUGACGAAUCUGCCCGGUGACAUGCAACACUCGUGUGCCUCUCUCCAGAAGCUUCGGGUGACUUAUUGCUACAAUCUUUUCUCCUUUCCGCUUGAUUUGCAACAAAUGCCUUCUCUCUUGGAGCUGGAAUUAUGGAAGUGUCCCAAACUGAAAACAAGUACGACGCCCAAAGGAUUUGGUUUCCUAACCAGCUUAAGAAAGCUUGUAAUUGGUCCCUUCUCAGAUGAUGGUGAUGAUCACGAAAAUUCUUCAAUUUACAAUGAGUUUGAUUGGUCUGGAUUGAUAUCCUCCUCCUCCUCCUCUUCGUCAUCCGCACUCCGUGAAUUAGAAUUAUUUGGGUUGCCACACAUGGAGUCCCUGCCACCUCAGAUCCAAUACUUGACCACUCUCACGUCACUAACGCUACUUGUCUUUGGAGGUAUAAAAGCUCUGCCAGAUUGGUUCGAAAACUUUGCGGCUCUUGAAGACGUGCACUUAUGGUUUUUCAAAGAGCUUGGACAUCUACCCUCUGAGGAUGCCAUGAGAAGUCUCACCAAACUAAAACGUCUGGAGGUUUAUGGUUCUCCUCUGUUAAAAGAAAGAUGCACUCCUGAGAGCAGCGGCCCCGACUCCCAGUGGUCCAAAGUUUCUCACAUUCAAGACCUAUGCAUAAGUUGA